AUGCCGCACCCCGCUCUUCCCGUCCCGUCCUCAGUGUGUCGGAUUGGAGCAAAAGCAAGAGACCGGGAAGACAGGAGGCGGCCACGUGUCAGCACCCCACCAACUAUGAAGCCGGAGGGGGGGAAGGCGGCGGCGGGGGAGAGCGAGCGGGGCGGCGAGGUUAGGUACCUGGGGGUGCGGAAGCGGCGGUGGGGGAAGUGGGUGUCGGAGAUCCGCCUGCCGCGGAGCCGGGAAAGGAUCUGGCUGGGGUCGUACGACGCCCCCGAGAAGGCGGCCCGGGCGUUCGACGCCGCCGCCUUCUUCCUCCGCGGCGACGCCGCCCGCGUCAACUUCCCCGACCAGCUACCCAGGGACGGCCCCGCCGGGGGGGCGCUCUCCCACGACCAGAUCCAGGCCGCGGCCGCCCGCCACGCCAACGGGACUCCGCCGGCGGCCUCGGCGUCGGGGGCUUCGGACGGUAUCGUGACGGACGAGAACCAGGAGCUCGACGAGUCGUUCGUCAGGUUCAUGGCGAUGGACGACAAUGCGGACUUCCCGUUGCUCUACGAGGACUUCUUGUACGGGGUUUUCCCUGCGGCCGGAGCGCCGAUGCCGCCUCAGGACGGUACCGCCGGCAUCGACGAACACGAUGGGAAUGAGGUUUUUGAUGAAUUCCCUGCGCUUUGGAGCUUCUGA